GAAAAUGCUUUGGAAAGGGUACUCCCAUUUUAAUGUAUGAUGGACACAUCAAAGCUGUUGAAACAAUUAAAGAAGGUGAUCAAGUGAUGGGUGAUGAUAGUACACCUCGCAAUGUUAGCGGCGUCACUAGUGGCGAAGGUGUUCUUUACAAAAUAGUACCAAUAAACUGUGCAUUUUCUCAGCCUUUUGUGUGCAAUGAUGCCCAUAUCCUUGUUCUUCAGAUGAUGUCAGGACCUUCCUUGCGAUAUCAAUGCAGUAAGGAUGGAAAAGCAUUAUUUAGGCUUGUUUACUUUACACAUGGUAGCGCCACAAAUUUAAUACAAAAAAAAGUCAAACUUUAUCCGUUUCGAAGUACGGACUAUACUAUCAAUAAUGCUAAGCAAAUUGCCAUUCGCGAUUUGGAAUUACUUAAUAAAGUUGAAAAUCUCAGUUUGGGUGGCUCAAAUUCCCGCAUUUCUAUCGUGAGACCAGGCUUCAUAUGGCAACCAUCUGUUACGCAAUUUUUAAAUUGUGAUCCUGAAGUGCAGUCUCAAGCCAAAAUGUUUAUUCCAGAAAAAGUUCGAUUCCCAAGUCGGGAGGGUACUUUUGCCAAAAUCGUCGAGAGUAUCAUCGAUAUACAUUCUUCUCCUGCUAUUAUUAAAUUAUGUGCUUGGUUGGUUGGCUUUUGGAUCGGUACGAAUGCAAUUAAUAAACACAAAAAGGGUCAUCUUUCAGACCAUAGUGGAGAAAUUAUGACAGUUUAUAGAAUAUUAUAUUCUGAAUAUAAAGUUGUCAACCGCAAUUUAUUGUUCCGUCUUUUGCAAGAACUUGACAUUUUGAUAGACAAAGAUAUUCCCGAAGUCAUGAUGCUCGAUGACAUUAUACAAGUUCGCCUUCCUUUACUUUCUGGCAUUAUUUGUAGCUUUGGUGAGUCACAAGACAAAAUUGCUAGGAUGGUAAAAAAAGAUGACCCAAUAAUACGAAAAUUCGUCCGUCUUUCCCGUUCAUGUGGCUUCACGUUAUUCCCUGAUGAUUUAACAGAUAGAAAGAAACAGGAGGUUAUAAGGUCACGAAAGAAAGAGCAGUAUUGGAGAUUUAAAGUUGAAGAAAUUGGAAUAGGUGACUACUAUGGCUUCGUAGUGGAUGGAAAUCACCGCUUUUUACUGGGUGAUUUUACUGUAACGCAUAAUACAAAAUUGUUAGAUAAGGUCCGUCAAACAAACGUCCAAGAAGGUGAAGCUGGAGGUAUUACACAACAAAUUGGUGCCACCUAUUUUCCCAUGGAGACUAUUAAAACCAAAACUGCUCCACUUAAUAAG